AUGGCGACGGAGGAGAGGGAGGCAGGUAGAUUGUUAAUGGUGACGGAGGAGAUGGAGAUCAUAUCGACUAUUACCACACGCCGGCCGCUCGAACCGAUCUGGGCAGGCACCAUGAACUUACGAUUAUUUUGUCCAAUUCUAAGAUCUACUUGCUCGACAGAGUCGACAGCUUAUCACUCUAAUAGCAUUGGGAAAGUAAAUGAAGGAAGGUUGGAACAUUCACAAACGUCAAGGAAGCGAGUAGAAGGGCUUCCCUCGGUUCGCAAGCUUUAUCGUCCUGCUGAGUGGGAUAUUGUCGUUUGGCCCUUGGGCAAUUUUAUUGAAAGAGAGGACGGAACUCUGGAUGUCAGUAUCGGAAUAAUAACACCAAUAUCGGAGAAAAUGUAUAAGAGAAUGCAGUCAUUGUGUGCACAAAUGGUUAAUGGCAUUCGACUUCCUCCUUUGAAAUUUCCGAUUAACAGCGUUGCGUAUACUUUAACAACAUUAUUUCAGAUGCCUGCUCAACUCUAUUUCAAAUUUUAUUGGAUUCACGAGCGCGAUGGAUUGGAAACAGUAGAUCUAGGGAAGGUUUUAUUGAUAAAAAGAGGAUAUGUAGGCGUCAAAUGGAACGCUGGCAAACCAGGAGAGGAUGGAGGAUGUCCCCGCGCCUUUAUGUAUACGCGAAGCCUCCGCUACGACAAAGAACCGGACUAUGACAUCAACCCAAGACAUGCAGAUGCCACAAACAAUGCAAAUCCCAGACACAACAUCAACCCAAGACACGCAAAUGCCAUAAACAAUGCAAACAUCAAACAUCAACCUACAGGGAUUUGA